AUGGAAUGUGAUGUAAGAACUAAACUAAGUAACAACUGAACUCUCCCUGUCCCUUUCCCUAAAUUCCCGCUAAAUACACCCAACUCUGUCCAUCCCCUCUUUUUCAUUUCCUUGUCUGUUGUCACCCUAUUUCACUUCACUUCAUUCGUUUCCUUUCCUUUUCUUUCCUCAGAUUUUCCCGAGAACCAAUCAUGAAACCGACUCCAACAAUAGAUAUUUUUACCUCCCCGAACUUCAUCAAGUUUACAGCUUUAGCCCUCCUCUCACUCUCUCUUCUCUUCUUUACCCACCGCUUCUUCUUCUCUUCGACCGCCACUACCACAACAACAUUCUCCGUUCCCCUUCAGCCUCCACCGCAUGUCCUGCCGCCUCCCCUGCCCCCGCCGCCGAGGCGGAAUCCGGUGCCUGAAGUGGUUAGGACUGGUAUAGUGGAUGAAACCGGCGCCAUGUCGUGGAAUUUUGAAGUUGGAGAGUUUUAUGUAGAGACAGAUUCAGUCGGUGAGGAGUUAGACAAUGUGAUUGCGGGAGAUGAAAGAGACGUAAAGAAGAAGGAAAGAAGGAAGGGUCGUGUUGUAAAAUAUAAAGUGUGUGAAGAUAGACUGAGAGAUUAUAUACCGUGUUUGGACAAUGAACGGGAGAUAACGAGAGUGGAUAAAUGUGAACGCCAUUGUCCUCUAAAGGUCUUGGAGUGCCUUGUGCCGCCUCCAAAAGGGUACAAGACUCCUAUUCCCUGGCCCCAGAGUCGAGAUCAGGUGUGGCUCCGUAAUGUGCCCAAAACACCUCUGGUUGAAGGUAAAAGAGGGCAGAAGAAUUGGGUGAAAGUAAAGGGUGAUAAGUUCAUUUUUCAAGGAGGUGAAGCAAAGUUUCCAAAUGGAGCAGAUAAGUAUUUGGAUCAGAUUUCACAGAUGGUUCCUGAAAUUGCAUUUGGCCACCACAUCCGAGUUGCAUUAGAUGUUGAUUGUGGAUUAGCAAGUUUUGGUGCCUAUCUGAUGCAACGUAAUAUAACCACUCUGUCAAUAGCAUUAAAAGAUGUACAUGAGAACCAAAUUCAGUUUGCACUAGAACGUGGUGUGCCAGCCAUGGUAGCAGUAUUUGCCAGACAGCGCUUGUUAUAUCCAAGCCAGGCUUUUGACUUUAUACAUUGCUCAAGAUGUCGAGUUAAUUGGACUCAUGAUGAUGGCAUUUUACUUCUUGAGGCCAACAGGAUGCUAAGGGCUGGAGGAUAUUUUGCUUGGGCAGUGGAAACUCUAGACAAAGAUGGAGAGAUUUUAUUAGAGAAACAGAAAGAUAUGGAGGACCUUGCUGCUCGGAUUUGCUGGGAACUUGUAAAGAAGGAUGGAAAUAUUGCUGUAUGGAGGAAGCCAUUAAACAAUAGUUGCUAUAUCAACCGUGCAGCUGGAGUGCAACCUCCAAUAUGUGAUUCCAAUGAUGAUCUGGACAAUGUUUGGUAUGUUGGAUUAAGGGCAUGCAUCGCACUUUUGCCAGAGAACAGUUAUGGAGUUAAUAUUACUACAUGGCCUGCACGGCUUCAUCUUCCACCAGACAGGCUCCAAAGCAUAAAAAUGGAUGCCGACAUAUCCAGAAAGGAAAUCUAUAGGGCAGAUUCGAAAUAUUGGAAUGAUAUAAUAGUUAGUUAUGUUCGUGCUUUCCGCUGGAAAGAGAUGAAACUACGAAAUGUGAUGGACAUGAGGGCUGGACUUGGAGGGUUCGCAGCAGCUUUGCAUGAUCUACAGAUUGAUUGCUGGGUUAUGAAUGUUGUACCUGUUAGUGGUUUCAACACCUUGCCUGUUUUAUAUGAUCGUGGACUUAUCGGUGUUAUGCAUGACUGGUGUGAGCCAUUUGAUACUUACCCUAGGACAUAUGACCUAUUGCAUGCAGCAGGUCUCUUUUCUGUAGAGCAGAACAGGAAUAAAUGUGAUAUUUCACUUAUCAUGCUUGAGAUGGAUCGGAUGCUAAGACCAGGUGGACAUGUUUAUAUACGAGAUUUGGAAUCUGUUAUUGUUGAGCUUCAAGAAAUAGCAAUUGCUAUGGGAUGGACACCGGCAUUGCACGAAACUGGUGAAGGUCCCCAUGCAAGCUGGAAGAUUUUGAUCUGCGAGAAACGAAUGUAACAUGCUUGAUUGAAUUAAACCUGAUAAACAACAUGAGAUGUCGUUCGGCCGUUUGUAGAAGGAAGGGAACCUGGUGAACAUCUUGCAAGAGAGGUAGGUAGCUGCAACAGUUGCCAUGAUAUCAGACUAACUAUCAAUAUAUAGCUCAUAUUGAAUAAUAUGGUAACAGAGAAUAAAAGUUAACAUAUUAGUUGCUUUAAUUACUUUCUCUUGUUCUGAAAGUGUAAUAAAUAGAUUGAAAUUGUAAUUGUUGAUAUAGACAAUCCAAUGUAGCAGGAAUUUUGUAUGAACACAAAGAUGCAAAAGAGUUCUUUAUA